CUCUGCGUUGAGCCGACUCAGGGCUCAGUCUGUGCAGCUGCUUGUGGCUAGACGCAGCCGUGUGGACUCCUGGAGGCUCCAGGAGAUAGAAAACGAGAUGCCCUCGCUGCUGAAAUGGUCUUCUCUGCCAGUGGCAGGCAUGGUCUCGGAGUUAAAGUUCCCAGUUCCUUGGGGCCACAUUGCAGCCAAGGCCUGGGGAUCCCCGCAAGGCCGUCCUGUGCUCUGCUUGCAUGGCUGGCUGGACAAUGCCAACACCUUCAACAGACUCAUCCCAUCGCUCCCUAAAGAUUACUAUUACAUGGCAAUGGAUUUUGGGGGCCACGGCCUGUCAUCCCACCGGCCCGCGGGCUUUCCUUACCACUUCCUGGACUACGUGAGCGAGAUCCGCAGGGUGACAGCAGCCUUGAAGUGGAGUCGAUUUACUCUAAUGGGCCACAGUUUGGGUGGGAGUGUCGCAGGAAUGUUCUCCUGCAUUUUCCCUGAGAUGGUAGAUAAGCUGAUCCUGGUGGAAUCUUAUGGCUUCUUCCCAGCUCCUCAGGGUCAGGACAAAGGCCCAGGAUUAGGUAGGCAAAGGAAGCUGAACUCCCCUCUUCCCUCUAGAGAUGGGCCAUCCAAGUCAGAGGAAAGUGACGCAUGGCUGAACUCUAAGAGGAAGGUGAUUGAACGUCUCCUGAGUCUGGAGGAGAACAAGCACCAGCCCCCUAAAAUACGCAGCCCCCAAGAAGCGCUGCAGAGGCUAUUACAAGCCAACAACCACCUGACAGAGGAGAGUGGGAGGAUCUUACUACAGCGAGGAGCGACUGAGGUGCCGGGAGGCCUGGUGUAUAACAGAGACAUGAGAGCCCUUACGCACAAUCAAGACUCCCUGACUCUGGAGCAGUGUGUGAGCUUCUUGAACAAAAUCCAGGCCAGUGUCCUAAUGAUCAUAGCACAGGAUGGAAUUUUUAAUCCUGAAGCUGAAAACGUGAGCCAGAACUUUGUGAAGCCCCUGCGGGAAGCAUUCCAGUCCAACCUGAAGCACUUCCAGUUUGCUGAGGUGACUGGAAAUCAUUUUGUCCACCUGAAUGAGCCUGAAGUAGUGGCUGGGCUCAUCAACAUCUUCCUGAAAAGGGACCAGAGCUCCAAAGCCAGGCUGUAGCCUGGAUUCCUGCAUCAGGGCUUGGCUACCAGCUUUCCAGGGCAGACAGCAGCAGAGACAAAAGAGGACAAGGAGCUUAAUAGCCUCGCAUGUGAGACAAGACAGCACCGUUACCUGGCUGGGCCCUGAAGUUUUGCUCAUUACAUGAUUUUCAUCCCUCUCUUGAGCCCAGUGGCUUGGAAUGGCAAAAGAAUCUGUCUCAGCAAACAGGCACAGAGGACUCUCCGCCAGGAAGAGCUGAGCAAAUUGUUGUGUGUUCAAAUGGAGACAGGGAGGAGUCCCACCUCAUACUUCCACUUCACGUGUUACAACAGCAGCUUCUGGAUUUAAGGUCCACUUCCCUGUUAAACCUGGUGCAGUUUCAUCAGCAGGAAGCAAACCCCCUUGCUUCGUUUUGGUGAUGUGCUGCCUUGGAAAGGACUGGGAGGGGUAAGCCAGGCACUUCCCCGCCAAUACUGACAGCUUAUAAUAGAUAUGGUGUUUACAUAUACAUGAGAAGUGAGUUCUUUGAUACUGUAUGACAUUCCACCUCUCUUCACCCUGUACCUGCCUCCUAUAACAAUUCUGCAUCUCUCGUUUCCUUGAGCAUUUUAGCCAGGAGUGACAUGAAUUUAUUCUGGCACCAGCUGCACUCACAGCCAGUGGGUGCACAGUGCAGGUUCUGCUCCUUAGCAGGUUACAGGAGACUCUGCUGGGGGGAGCGGGUAGGGAGAGAAUACCAUGACUAAUUGAGUUCCAUGAAUCAAUGUUCAUGCAGAUCCAAGACACCAGAGCACUUCUUGUCCUGGGAACGGCUGCAAAGGCAACAUCCAUUCCAGCCUGACAGGGCAGCUGCUGCAGCUUGCCCUUUCCCAGAAGGCAGGUGUCAGGGGCAUCCAAGGAGAGUACAGCAUUUGAGCAAAAAGCCACAAUCUGGUAUUAGGAGGGGAGUAGAGGGUGGCAUUGCUUGAGGGAGACAGACAACCCUGUAGGAACACACACAGCUUCACAGUUAGACCAUGAACAGCAGCCAUCGUGACACAUUUUCUAGUUUCUACUCAAAGCUGAGUGAUCGGUUGGCUUGUAAAGGACACCAGAGGCAAUCAAAAGAGGUCACACUCUUCCCAUGCGCUAAACCAGCAAUAGCCUAGCUGCCAUCACUGUAAUAAAGGGGGCCACUUACUCCAAAAGAGAGCUGGACUGUUAAAACAGAUUCACCCUUAUUUGAGAGAAGGGGUAUGAGAGGCUUGUGGGGAGAAUCAUGGGCCUGCGGGGGCUCCCUCCCCCAGCCAAAGCUCUACAGGCAGGCCCCCUCGAGCACCACCCCUGCAAUCAGAAACACAGGACAAGGACACUGCCUUCCUGUGAAUUUACUGAAACAGAGGAUAAGCCAGAGUAGCUCAGUGCCCUAAAGGCAACAAGCAG